GCGCUAUCGUUUAGCUGGAGGAAUGGAAUGGAAUGGAAUAGGAGCAUAAUGAAAUUCGGCACUAUCUCAAAUCCCCUCCUGCAAAUUCCCUGACCCAGUCCCCAAGGCUUAUCGUCACCACCAACCUCAAUUUAGGGUUUGCCCUCCGAAUGGUUUUCACCGCAUCGUCGGAGCAUUGUCUCUCGAUGCGCCAUGGCUGGGGCAGUUCUCGCCAGAUCUCAACUACGACGCGACACUGUUCAAGCCCACUGAUUGAUUUGAUUGAAUAAGCUUUGGUCGACUUGGGUUUUCAUGAUUGGGAUUUUCGGGGGUUAUUAUUUAUUUAUUUAUUGAUUUAGCCCCUUCUUAAAGUUCUGAAGGAUUGAGGGUUUAGGGUUUUAGAUCGUUCAAGCAUGGCAGCGAUGGCCGGGUGUUGCAAAUUGGAGGUAGUUGGUCGUGUACAUUCGCUGCGAUCAGAGAGUAGAGGGAUCGGUUCACCUCUGUCUGACGUCGUGAAGCUCUGGUGCGGUAGUAAGACUAGCUUUAGCUCGGUGCGAGCAGUGGGAAACAAUGCUGGGUUUUCGGGUUUACGUGGGUGUAUCGAGACGGGGAAGUUGGAGAAUUGGAGUAAGGUGGGAGGAUUUGCCAGGAAUGGACGCAAAGGGGCUGCUGCGACAGCAGCGAUGCAGGGAGAAGGUAGUGUCGGAGUGAGGAAUGAUGUAGAAAGUGGAGAGUUACACAGUAAUCCUAUCCCGGUGCUGGUAAUUGGAGGGGGUGGAAGAGAGCAUGCCCUUUGCUAUGCAUUGCAGAGGUCGCCUACUUGUAGUGAGGUCUUCUGUGCUCCGGGUAAUGCUGGGAUUAAUACUUCCGGAGACGCCAUUUGUGUCGGGGAAUUGGACAUUACGUACAGUUCUGCGGUGAUUGAAUUCUGCCAGAAGUCGGGUGUGGGGCUUGUGGUUGUCGGCCCGGAGGCUCCUCUCGUGGCUGGUUUGGUGGACGAUCUGGUCGAAGCGGGAAUCCCUGCUUUUGGUCCGUCUGCGAGCGCAGCUGCUCUCGAGGGCUCUAAGGAUUUCAUGAAACGGUUGUGUGACAAGUAUGAGAUUCCAACCGCGAAGUAUCAGUCGUUCACGGACGCAGAGAAGGCGAAGACAUAUAUUAAAGAACAAGGUGCGCCAAUUGUGGUAAAAGCGGACGGCUUGGCAGCCGGGAAAGGUGUAGUAGUAGCGAUGACGUUGGAGGAAGCAUAUGCAGCGGUGGAUUCCAUGCUGGUGAGCAGCGAAUUCGGUUCAGCGGGGGGGCUAGUGCUCGUGGAGGAGUUUCUUGACGGUGAGGAAGUGUCGUUUUUCGCAAUCGUGGACGGAGAGAAUGCGGUACCAAUGGCAUCGGCUCAAGAUCACAAGCGAGUUGGAGAUGGAGAUACAGGGCCGAAUACGGGAGGUAUGGGGGCCUACUCCCCCGCCCCAGCCCUCAGCCCUGAGCUAGAGCGAAAAGUCAUGGAAACCAUCAUCUAUCCUACUGUGAAGGGCAUGCGAGCCGAAGGUUGCAAGUACGUGGGGGUUCUCUACGCAGGUGUGAUAAUUGAGAAGAAGAACGGCUCUCCGAAGCUUUUGGAGUACAAUGUUCGGUUCGGUGACCCUGAGUGCCAGGUGCUCAUGAUUCGAUUGCAGUCAGAUUUGGUGCAGGUGUUGUUGUCUGCAUGCAAAGGAAACUUGAAUGGAGUCCAACUGGAAUGGGCCGAGGAUCCCGCCCUUGUGGUUGUGAUGGCCAGCAACGGUUACCCAGGAAAGUACGUCACCGGAACAAGAAUCAAGAAUUUGGAUGUAGCGGAAGUCGUUGCUCCUGGGGUGAAAGUUUUUCACGCUGGCACAACUAUGAACUCCGAAAAUGAAAUUGUUGCAGCGGGAGGGCGUGUUCUUGGCGUUACUGCAGUUGGAAAAGAUAUUGCGGAGGCGCAAAGCAAGGCCUACAGUGCCGUGGAUCAGAUAGACUGGCCAGAAGGUUUUUGCCGUAGGGAUAUCGGAUGGAGAGCUGUCUCUCGAUUGCAGAGUGUGAAUCUUUCGUAGUGUACUUCGCAGGGGAUGAAAGUAUUCUUUUGUCUGGUAUGAAUCACGCUUGGCCAUGGUCAUUUUGGUCUGUUUAUUUGAUCGACAUGAGACUGGCAUUAAAGCAGUCACUGUAUACACCUUUCCGUCUAGUGCGCGAGAGUAGAAGCUGCAGGUUCAGAGUCAAAGCGAGGACUUGUUCCCUAGUGCUCCCGUGUUUGGUACUCUCAUUUUAGGGGAUCUUAUCACAACACGCUACGUCAUGUUGGCGCCCCCUGGGUGGCAGGGUCAUGCAGCCUGACAUUACACAUUUUAAUGCAGCGGAAUGUCUAUUAUGGUUCAGGUCAUGUGUGCACUUUGUUAGAAGUAACACUCAGCUUCUGGAAGAUUGUGAUGUCAUUGUUGCCUAGACAUCAUCAUGCAAUGGUGUAAUAUAAUCUUUAGUUAACUUG